CAGUCAGGUGUGCCUGCCUUGCUCGGGGCCAUGCACCAGAUAUGAGAAGGCGUGGAACGCCUAUAAAGGGAGACAACUAUGUCAACUCGUGUUCAGACCUGACGCAGCUGCUUUUCCCUCCACAGCAACAAGAUGGCGUUUUCCACUGGCACUCUUGCACAGGGCUGUUUUGGGAAGGUGUACAAGGAGAAGCAUGGGGACACCUGGGCUGCUAUAAAGAAGGUCCCCCAGCAGCUCAUCAGUAGGAAGGACCUGGAGAGAGAGUGCGAAGUGUACAACAAGGCAAAUCAUCCCAACAUAGUGAAGCUUCUGGGAAACAUAACUGUCAAAGACGGGAAAUGGAUUAUUCCUCUAGAGUUUAUCUUUGGAGAGGACUUAGAGACCACCAUCUUCAAAGCAUCAAAGUCUAAAAUACAGCUGACUCCAUCUAAUAAAGGAACUAUCAUUAUCGGCAUGUGUGAGGGGCUGCUUCACCUCCACUCUAAAGAUAUUGUCCAUCAAGACCUCAAGCCUGAAAACAUCAUGGUCGAACAUAACACCAACAGAGCGGUAAUCAUCGACCUGGGACUGGCCAAGUUCUUCCGGCAUGGUCUCAACUCUGCCAUGGACAUGGGGAACCAGGCUUACUCAGCCCCUGAGGUGCUGCAGGGGUGCAACCAGCGGGACCAGCGCUCAGACGUGUGGGCCAUGGGUAAGAUCAUUGCUGAGCUCUGUGCCCGGAUUCGGCUCUACACACCCAGCGUCCGUCCCGCCAAGAUCAAGGAGACCCUGCACGAUCAGCCAUACUGCAGCACUGUGUGUAGGAUGGUGGAGCCUAACCCUUCUCUGAGGGCCUCCAUGGCGGGGGUCAUUAGUGACAUACGAAGGGCCGGAGGUGCAGGCAUUGUCACCAAUACACCCUUUCAAAGAAAGCCACCUUCAACCCAGGUUAAUGCAAGAAAACAGUCUCCGUCACCAAUGAAAAAGGCUCCAUCACCAUUCAACAGGGCUCCAUCACCAUUCAACAGGGAUCCAUCACCAUUAAAAAGGGAUCCAUCACCAUUCAAAAGGGAUCCAUUACCAUUCAAAAGGGAUGCAUCACCAUUAAACAGGGAUCCAUCACCAUUCAAAAGGGAUCCAUCACCAUUUAACAGGGCUCCUUUGCCAUUUAACAGAGAUCCAUCACCGCUAAAACAGGAGCACCCAUCCAAACCAGACUUCAAAGCAUUGCAUCAAGACAAGAACAAAAACCAGGCUCUGGUCCCCAUGCGUGGAGCCGACCUCACGCAGGACUUCAUGAAAAUGAGGCUGCUCCAAGAGGCUGCCAAGGAUCUGCCCUGCAACCUGCCCACAACAGGGAGGGUGCUGGUGCGACGCUUUGAGGAGAAAAAUGGAGAGGUGGAAACAUGGGAGCAGAAGGAGGUGGUGACACAUAACGGGAAGAUAGUCAAGUUUGACGAUGUCAAGUUUAAUAACAAAUAAGAAUAAGAGUUUAAGUUAUAUUUUGUCCUAUCUCCUCAAAAACUGAUUGCAUGUGUUGGUUGAAUGGUUUGUUUGGGAUCACCCUACAUUUGGUAUCUUCUUGGUAGAACAUUUAAGAAUACAUUUCCACUGAGUAAAGAGUAAACUGAGAUAAGGCUAUCAAAGGCACCUGUUUCUGGCACAGAUAAAAUAGACUUAAAACCUGUUACAAACUUAGAAAUACAUUAUGGCAGUUUGAAGCUAUAAUAAGAAGACAAUCUUGAAAUGGUUGGUUGGUUGUGCCUGAACAUGAUAUUCAGCCAUGGUAGGAAUUUUAUUGAUAUAUCAGAACGAGAUAUCUGCAGGCAUCAACAACCUUUUGUGAAUUCAGAUUCUUUCAGCAUCUGAUUAUAUAAGACUGUGAACAUGGCUCAUACAUUAUAUGUUAUUUAUGUAUAUAAAUAAAUUCUUAAAUGGCUAUUGCAAUUGCAGAGUUAGAUUUUGUAUUUGGUUUAUAACACUUUUUCUACUGGUUGUCAUUGCUUUAGCUGCUUUUAUAUUUAGAAAAUCUGAGCAGCUAAUGAAAAGAAGCAAACGCUCAGAAUGCGGUCAACCUGAGCCACUAGGAUGCAGUUAACCAUUUAUAACAUAAUACUGGUUUCCAUUAACUCCAGUAUUGGUGACCUUUAUGGCUGGAAUUAAGAGUAACAUGCUUUGUUUAUGUAUGGAUAGAUUAUGACAAAAUAGGCCCCCUCCUAUUUAGGUCCCCCAGAUUGGUUGUUUUGUGUCCUUGUGUGGAUGUUUUACCUCUCUUUGUGGUCUUUUUGUGUUUUUCUUGAGCUUUGAGAUUUUCAAACAAGAAAUAGUAACAGUCACU